CGAGUGGUGAGGUUAGUGCGUGGUUAGAAGCGGAAAAAUAGCCGAAACGCGAAUGGAUUGCUGUCCGGAAAGGAAACUCGAGCGCAAUUGCUGACAAAAUUCCCGAGAGGCCGGUCCUCUGGACAUGAAGUAAUUGAAGACAGUCUGCCAACAGGGAACGUUUCCCCAUCGCAAUUGCUCUAUUUUCGUCUCACAAAGCUUGGACCAAACAGCACAGUGCUACUUCAGCACAUAUUUCGUGCAAUUGAGGUCUGUCCAUCAUGUUUAGAGCUACGACGCGCUCUGGCCUUGUACGGUCACUACCGUCACCUUCUUAUCGUGCCUCCGCCGCGCGGCGUUUUCUAAGCACUGCUCCCCCUGCGCAGAAGUCGCGGAGUUGGAAGAGCAGCGCGGUUCGAUGGGGAUUGGCUAUUGGUGGAAUUUACUAUUACAAUACCAACACUGCCUUCGCUGAGGAGCUUCUCCCUUCUUCUUCACCCCAAGUUCCCGUGAACAACGAGACUGCCGAACCGGCUCUGACACUGGAGUCAAUUGCGGCGUCGCGGAAAAAGCAAGCCCAAGCUACACCGGCUCCGACAGAAACUGCGCCCGAACCUGCGCCCGAGAGCCCGGAACCCUCCAAGAGUCCGCAAGAAUACGAAGAGGAAGCUGCACAACAGGGCGCUUUCAAUGAAGAGACUGGCGAGAUCAACUGGGACUGCCCUUGCCUAGGUGGCAUGGCUCAUGGCCCUUGUGGAGAGGAGUUCAAGGAGGCUUUCAGCUGUUUCGUUUUCUCCCAGGAGGAGCCCAAGGGAAUGGACUGCAUAGAGAAGUUCAAGGGCAUGCAAGACUGCUUCCGCAAGUAUCCCGAAGUUUACAGCGCUGAGCUUGAGGAUGACGAGGAAGCACCGGCUCCUGCGCAAGAGGAGAUUGACGCCAAUGCUGGAGCCGUUGAAUCUGGCGCUCUGCCAAAUAUCCCCCCGCCUUCUGCUGCGCCGCGUCUCGAUGGUGUGCCCCCUCACCCUGAGGGUCGAGCUGAGAAGCUUGCCCAUCUCGCUACCGGCUCCCAGCACGAGGUUACCCCUGACGAAUUAAAGGAAGCAAGACGGGAGCGGUCGAAACAUGCCGCUGAGCAGGUCAAGCGGGAUCACGACGAGGCCAUCGCGGAGCGCGGUGCCAUCCCCACGGAGUGGCACGACAUGCGAUCCAGUAACGAGGGCAAAUAAUCUAGCCACUUUCGAAUCGUGGUGAAAAGCUUUUCACUAUAUGGGCGUCCAAAGACAACACGAAUCAGACGAAAACAGCAUUGGUCACUCAUGUAUUAUAUGGUGUGCGGUAUGUGUAUGUUCUGCAUAGAUAUACACUGAAUCUCACAUCUGGCGCAAGCCAAUAUAAUGUAUACUUAUGUAGGGGCUCGGAGUGGAACACGUCGUUAACUCAAGCAUUUGCAAGCGUACAUAGUCGACAAAAGAAACCAGUAAAUAAUAAAACGCAACUCUCC